AAUCAUUCCCAAUUUGAUUUGACUUAUGAAUUAAUAAAUGUACGUUCAGGUGGCACCACGACCAUUUGUCUGGACUUUCAGUGGAAAAGACGCACAAAAAUCGAGUGCAGAAGAUAAAACCCCAAUUAAGGCAGUGGAAAUCUAGGUUACCCACCGGCACCGGGAGCCGGUGGCGCACAUAACAAAACCCACACUCUCUGCAAAACCGUCCCACGUUAACAUUCGCUGUCUGUCACUACUACACCUUUCUAGUUAUAUCGUACUUCAACUUCAGAAAGCCAAUUCAAGAAUCAAGCAAUCUGCUAGCUAGUACAACCAAAUAAUUAAACCCUAGCCCGUACCAACCGAAUCUGCCAAGCUAACGAAGAAGCUAAGAUGACUCCAUGAAGACGAAGAUCCGGUCAAAAGCGGCGGGGAUUGAGUGCGGUAGAAUUGGGGAAGGGUUCCAAGAAAGAGAGAUUUUUCUUGUCUACUUGUUGAUUUUGGAUGUUUCUUGAAAUACCAAAUUACCAGCUGCGAGGAAAAAAAAGCUUGGGGGUUUGUGUAAUGGAUGAGAGGUGGUUGGUGCGUUCAAGAGACUAAUUUGUCUGUUUCUAGACUUAUAUUAGGUUUCUCAGCUUAUGCUAGACUAAUUGAUCAGAUUCAUAUUUGUAUAUUAAUUUAUGUGUUUCUUCAUAUUAGAGUGGCUGGCGAUUGAAUAUAUUAUAUUAUCUUGGAGAGAGAAGGGUACAGUGCAGUAGCGUUAUCAGAUUGGAUAGAUUUGUGGUGAAUUGAAGGAAUGGCGAAUAGGUGGUGGACUGGGACUGGGACUUUAGCUAUGAAUCAAAUGGAGAUGAAAAGCCAUCUUGGGUUGAGGAGGGAGCCGGAGUUUGGCGGCGGCGGGGAUGGCGCCGCCGCCACGACGACGAAUAGUAGUGGGAGUCAAAGUCAGAACCCUAGUGAGGGUGGGACCCAUGGGCAAGAAGAGGAGGUGAAUAAUGAGGGGCAAGAAGGGGAGGAGCAGAACGGAGGCGGGUCGGGUCGGCGGCCGAGAGGUAGGCCGCCGGGGUCGAAGAACAAGCCGAAGCCGCCGAUUGUGGUGACGAAGGAGAGUCCCAACGCGCUGCGGAGCCACGUGAUGGAGAUAAGUAGUGGGAGUGAUAUCGUGGAGACUAUCGCCGCCUUCGCGCGGCAGCGCCACCGCGGCGUCUCCGUCCUCAGCGGCAGCGGCAUCGUCACCAACGUGAAUCUCCGCCAGCCCGCCGUGCCCGCCGGGGUCAUUACCCUCGAAGGAAGGUUCGAGAUACUCUCCUUAUCCGGCGCGUUUCUCCCACCGCCUUCCCCGCCUGGCGCCACGGGAUUAACCGUCUACCUCGCCGGCGGCCAGGGCCAAGUCGUCGGCGGAAAUGUGGUGGGCUCUCUGGUGGCUUCCGGCCCCGUGAUGAUCAUCGCCGCCACCUUUACAAACGCAACUUAUGAAAGAUUGCCACUGCCGGAGGAAGAAACGCCGCCGCCGCCGCCGGAGGCGGCGGCGGCGGCAAUGCAACUGCAGCCACCGUCGGAAGUGGAAGUAGCCGCCGCAACAAAUGGCGGUUUGGCUGCAGAUCCACCACCUUCUUCCUCGCUCCCUUUAUACAACUUACCUCUCAACUUGUUCUCCAAUGGCGGCCAUAUGCCUCAUCAUGAAGUGUUCUGGUCUCCUCCGCCGCGCCCGCCGCCGUCGAAUUAUUGAGCAAGAAAGAGAAAUAAGUCAAAAGACCUGAAGGAGAUAGGAGAAAGAUCAUAUGAGACUUCACAAUCUCUCUGAUCCAUCUGCAACUUUUUCCGUGUUUAAUUGCCUUUUUCUUCUUCCUCCCUGUAAAUUAAUCACUCUCUUGUUAGAUUUUCCCUUUCUGGGCUGUAACUUUGAAACUUGAAUUAGAGCAAUAAAUCUCCUUUCCUUCUCCAUCUA